UCCCGCCCCGGGGCCGCGCUCGGGCGGCGAGACCGGCCUGCCCGGCGGGCGGCGGGGGCGCCAUGGGCAGCGGCAGCAGCCGGAGCGGCCGGGCCCUGCGGCGGCUCCGCAGCCCCGACAGCCGGCCGGCGGGGUCCGGCGGGGCAGCCUCGGAGGGCGGGACGCGGCCUCUGGUCUCGGCGACGGCGGCGGCGGCGGCCGCCCGGGAGGAGGCCGGGAAGGCGGAGGCGGCUGAGGGGGCGGCCGAGCCCGACCCCGGCCCCGCGGCGCCCCCCGACGGCGGGGACGAGACCCUGCGCCUGCUGGACCAGCUGCUGGCCGAGUCGGCGGCCUGGGGCCCGGGGGAGCUGGCCCCGCGGGGCCCGGCGCGGCCCCCACCCGCAGCCGGCGCCGGGAGCCCGGUGUCCUGGAAGCAGAGCGCUGAUGAGCCCCCGGAGAGCGCCGGAGUCUCCAGAGCCCCGGACAGCAGCUGCAGGAGGCCUGAGAGGCAGUCGGGCAUCUGUGCCAUCUCCUACGACUACUCGGAAGAGGAGCUGAUGGCCAGCAUCGAGCGGGAGUAUUGUCGCUGAGGCCUCCAGAGCAGCCCUGCAGGCCCCUGUCCCAGCCAGCCGGAUGCUGCUCCUUUGCCCCACCCCCACAAGACUGGGGUUGCACCCCCGCCCCCAGCCCUGCCCUGCCCAGGCUCCGGCUGGAGCCGAGCCCCUCCAACAUGCAGUUACUCCUGGUUCUUUCAAAGAUCCAGCUUCAAGCUUGCUGGCAAGGGGUGGUCAGCCGCGCAGACACAGGUGCGAAGGCAGGCACAGGUGCGGCCCCCAGGUGCGGGCACAGGUGCUGCCUUCAGGUGCGCGUGCAGGUGCUCUCCUAGCUGCUCCUCUCUCGGUCUCUGGGGAGGGCUCGCCUGCGGGGUUCUCCUAGAGCCUGAAAUGCUUCCCAUGUCGAAUGGCCCUCUCUGCUCCGGGACUGGGGCUCCUCAGUGCUCAGUGCUCAGUGCUCCUCCCGGACGGGCUCCCUUGGGGCCUCUAACAUGUCCCUGAUUCUGAGCAUGAGCUGCCUGGAGAUGUGGAUGUGUGAAUUGGGGUUCUGGGGGGUUGGGGCGGGGCCAGAGAGUCUGCAUUUCUAACAGGUCCCUGGGGGACACCCCUGUUCCUGGACCCCAGCCUCACUCGGGGUAGGAAGGAUUGAGUCUAAGCUUUAGACCUUAUCUGACUCUUCCUUCCCGGCACUGGGGCUGUGAGAGCCACCGCCCGCCUUGCUCCCUGGAUAGAGGCCUGCUCCCCUCCUGGGCAGAUGUGAUGGACGCAGCAUGCGGGGCUGCGAGCUGGAGCCCUCAGUUCUGAUUCCGAUCGAGCAGCCACUUUACCCCUUGGGCCUCAGUUUCCCUCUCUAGAAACUGACCCCUGGAGGCUCUUCCAGGCAUAGCAGCCCCGACAAUCUGGGAUCAGGCAGUUCCAGGAUUCCUAGAUCUCUGCUGUCCUGCCACCCCCUGGGGCACAGAGCUGCCCCUGCAGCUGUAGGGGGGUGGGGUGGAGAACCCCAGCCCCACCUGGAGGAGGUCCUGAGAACACCUGCUCUCACCAGCCUGAUGGGACUGGUUUCCUCUCUUCCCACCUGGGAGAAGGCACAAAGUCAUUGUGGUGAGGCCAAGAGAGCCCAAGAACGUCCCUGUCUGACAGAUGAGGAAGCCGAUUUGCCGGGGAUGGCUGUGAAUCCAAGAUGGGGCCGGGGGAGCCAGAGGCUGACCGGAAGGCAGGACCCCUGCGGGGGCGCAGGCAUGGCCGGCCUUGGAAGAAGGCUCUGGCUGGCGUGCAUUCUGGAUCCAGGUGGCAGGUCCCCCUGGAGCAGCUGGGAGGGUGUCCGAACAAAGGGGCACGUGGGUGCGACGUUAGCUUUUGCCAAAGCCAGAAGAGGUCUCAACUUGUCACACACAGUUCCCACCAACUCCUGCAGCCUCCCUGGCGUCGCUGGCAAGACAUGAGAUCUUCUCGGGCACAGAUGCAAGGCCCCUUGGCACUGUCCCCAGACCCACAGGCCUGCUGCCGUCACAGGCAAACGGGUGUUUCCAUCAACUUUUAUUACUUGGCAAGACAGCCUUUGGUCAGAUGUUCCAUCGCUGGGAGAUUGUACCUCCAAGCCAGAGGACGGUGCGUGGGGCCUUCCAACAGCCCCAAGUCCUCCCAACAGCGAGAGCUACCCCCCAUGCAAGCCCAAAUCAUUUCUUUUGAUCAAAGAUGAAAGCCAUUUCUAUUUUAAUAAUAUAGAUAUUUCUCUUAAAAGUGGUUAAUAUUUUCUUUCUCACCACCAGACACAUUAGGCCUUGAAUUUCAUGAUUUAAAAUGUUUACAGUUUUACAUCAUUAUUUUGUUAAAAUGGAACGUAUUUGGCCAGUUUCCUGCAUUUUCCAGUGGAAACCUCACACAACCGUUCAUGAGAUGAAAGUAUUCAGAAAAAGAAGACGUCCCCCUGGGCUACUACGGUCUGUGUCAGUGUCAAAGUGAGAACCCGUCAUCAAAGCAAAGCAGUUGUUCUCAGGUCUUUUUUUUUUUUUUUUUUAAUUCCCUGAAUUCGGGAAAGUAUCUUCUGGACAGUGGCCAGCUGAAUAAACUAUGUGCCCCAGCUGUGAGGUGGAAGGUGGCCAAGUAGGCCCUGUGGGGCGCUGGCCCAGGGGGCGGCGGGGAAGGCCCAGGGGCCUACAUGGGGUCCGAAGGCCUGUGGUGGCCACUCGCUGCUCCGGCCCUUCCUGGAGCAGCUCCAUGCGCCCCGGGGGCCCCAGCGCCCUGCUCUGGCUCCAGAGCUGAAUGCGGGUCUUGUUCACAGAUGGGGAGGGAAGAGGCUCCACUAGACGCAGGAAGAGAAAGGCUUCAGGGUCAAAAGUGACAACGACACGUGUCGAGGUCUGGGACGUCUGAACUCCACAAGGGUUUCUCCACAGUCCAGGUCCUUGAAAAUGCUACGAUCGCGAUUUUGUUUGGAAAUAAAUCUUUAAAAACAAGCAAAGAAGAAAAGAAAAGAAGGCCGCAGUCUUCCGUGCUGCCCUCGCCCGGGGCCACCACUCCUCUGCAUGCCGCCGUCCGACUGGACGCUGGGAGAGAGCACCGCCCGCCUCCUCCCUUUUCCCGUCAAGACCUCGCAGCCUUUGCCACUCAAAGCCCGUCUACUUCUGAGCAUUUUUCCUGGGUCUGCGAGUCAGGGGUCUCUCCUGGCUCAACUCCAGCCCCGGCCUCACCCCUCCAGUUCCUCGAGUCUGACCCCAGCACGGAGCAUGAAUUCCCUCCAUUUAACAAAUACCGAAGAGUCACCUGGACCUCCAGGAUGCUAGGCCAUAGGGACCCAGGCCGGCCACGAGGACUGGCUGCCAUCCCCGUCCUCAGGGAGCCCACGGUCUAUGGAAGGGGACAAACAGG